AUGGACUCGUCGGAGCUGUCUGCCACACCGCGGCCCGCAUGCCGCGAGUGCCGGGCGCGCAAGGUCCGCUGUGACCGUGACGGAAGCCGGUGUGGGCCCUGCACCCGCCUCCAGCUUGGCUGCUCCUAUGCACCCCGUCCCCGAAGCCCGUCCACUUUGCCUGGCGACUCGGACAUGGCCGCCUCUGCGCCAUCGUCGGCACGGGUCACUCAGGCCGGCCUCGCACGACGCAGGUCUCGGCGGGCCUGCGAUACCUGCCGUCUGCUCAAGACGCGUUGCUCCGGCACCCAGCCUUGCUCCCGCUGCCGGCAGCGCAGCCUCGCGUGCGUCUUCCCGCCCGGCACGGCAGCUUCUCCAGCGGCAGCCGACGAUGCGUCCUGUCCAUCCCCCACGACAACCACACCACCACCUCGAACAAGCUUGGCCCGGUUGACGGCCAACCCGCUCCAGGUCCAGGCAGACAUCCGGGCCUACUUUGGCAGCCUGAGCGCAAGUCCUGCUUCUAUCCGGUUCCUGCACAGGGCAACCGUCCUCGCAGACUACAGCCAGGGCCGCCUCGACCCCAUCCUCACAGCCACUCUCUGCGCCCUCGGUCGACUCUAUACCCUCGAACACAGCCAGGUCCAUGUGCGCCGGGCAGAGCAAGAGGACGCCGAGGCCUGGCUGGCGGAAGCCCGUCGCCGAGUCGUCGAGGACGUCGCCACGGCGACCAUUGCCCGCGUGCAAACCCUGAUUCUCAUUCUUCAGUAUCGUGUGAAACAGGGUUCUGUCAUGGACGCAUGGACGCUGGUGGCUCUCGGUGCCCGGCUGGCCUUCACCCUGCGCCUCAACUACGAGCUGCCGGGCCUGCACCAGGACCCGAUCACGCAAGAGACGCACCGCCGCAUGAUAUGGGCGAUCUGGCUGGUUGACAAGUUGCUCGCAGGGGGUAUCGAGGACCUCGUUGUCUGUGCAACCGAGCGAGUCCAUGUGCGCCUUCCUUGUGACGACUACACUUUUGAACGCGGGAUCCCUUCGAGGGCCGGAUGGCUAGGCCAGAAUGUGGAGUCAUCGCCGUCCGAUGAUCUGGCGUUGGAUGCCUUGGGAUUCUACGUUCGGGACAUGGACUGCCGACACCGCAUUCUCAACUACACGAAGACAGUGGUGCGGCAGGGCACCUCACCGAUAAACAGCGCUGGGGAGCUCAACAGCCUGCAGGCACAGCUGACGGCGCUGCAGAGGGCCUUGCCACACGACCUCCAGCUCACACCGGCACGCCUGCGCCUCAAGGCGCACUCGCAUGAUCUCGGAAUCUACGUUGCACUGCACAUGGCCUGGAACCAGUCUCACUGCAACCUGUACCGCCUCCUGGUCCCGGGCAUGCGCGAGGCCGUGGCCGACGACGCCAUCAAGGCAACUCCCCACGAGUUUGUUGUCCACUGCCAGACAGCCUGCCUCCUCGCCGCGAUGCGCAUCGCUAGCCUCCUCGCGCACCUGUACCGGGCCGGUCUCCGCAGAACACUGGCCAUCCCCAACCUCAUCGUCGGCAUCUACCAGAUCUCCCAGAUCGUUCAUAACCUUCGUUAUCUACUGGUUCAAGAA